AUGGACAACAUUUUGCUCCAAGCUCCUGGACACAGUUCUGGCCAGGUUUCUCUGGCUGUUGCUAUUAUUAUCGUUAUUGCUGCUGUUAUUGUUGGUCAUCUUCGGAGGCAGAUUGAGCAAGGAGAUCUUCUUCAACCUUCUUUGUUCAUCUUGCUGGUGCUCUGUUCUGUCAUCCUCUACUUUGUUGUGUCUCUCAUGAAUCCAGGCUAUGUCGAGGACAACGAGGAUGAGAAGGACUCCGCGAACGGACAGCAGAAAGCCGCAGGGUCCCCGCAGGGUCCCAACGUCCGCCUCAGACGCUGCGGAUACUGCAUGGUGAAGCAGCCUUUGCGAGCCAAACAUUGCCAGUCCUGCCACCAUUGUGUCCGCCGCUACGACCAUCACUGCCCUUGGAUUGAGAACUGCAUUGGGGAGAGGAAUCACCCACUUUUCGUGCUGUAUUUGGGGGUGCAGCUCGCCGUCCUGCUCUGGGCUCUGCAGGUGGCUUGGUCUGGCUUGAAUUUCCAGCCGUUUUCCUGGACGUGGCUUCAGAGCAACCUGGUCCUCCUCCUCUCCUUCCUCUUGAUCAUCGUCUGCACCGUGGUGGUGACGCUGCUGCUGGCCUCCCACCUCUACCUGGUCUCCUGUAACACCACCACCUGGGAAUUCAUGUCCCGCCAUCGCAUCUCCUACCUGAAGCACUGCAAGGUGGAAAACCCCUUUGACCAGGGGGUCUUCCUCAAUCUCUGGAGAUUCUUCUGCGCGUGUCGGCUCGUCGCGUGGGAAAAACUCUACCCCCCAGAGGAAAGUGACCUGGUGUGAUGGCAGGAGGCUUUCGGGAGAGGGAUUGGGCAGUUCAGUUGCCCAACGGACACUUUUGAGAUGACGCGGAAGCCCCAGACCGUCAUCCCAAUUAGAAGGAGGACCCAUUUUCUGUUGCAUCACCUCUUCUAACCAAAGGCUAAAAUCUGAUGGGUUGGGUUGGGGUCAGCCAGUCAGGGAUCCUAACCUUAACGUUGGAGAUCUAGCUCCUUUCAACUGACUGGGCAGCUGCUAGAGAGGACCCAAAGGAAGCAUACGGGGUCAGCGUGGGGAAGAACGUUCAGAGGUCCAGACCCCCCCCCUCGAAAUACUGCAAGGUGGAUUUUAGCAGGAUGUUCGUAUCCGAUUGACGCCAGAGAACGGGCGCUCCUUGGAAGCCGAGCGUUUUUCCUAAGCAAAUAAGAAGGUAGCUUCACAUCGUGCCUUGGGACAGAGCUGGAAGGAAAAUGGUUUUAAUCCAACACUAAUUUUAAUAAAAGAUCAAUGUUUGGAUUGAAA